GAUGCCUUCCGAGCCGUGAAGAAGAGGAUCAUGGGGAAUAAGAACUUCCACGAGGUGAUGCUAGCCCUCACGGUCUUGGAAACCUGCGUCAAGAACUGCGGGCACCGUUUCCAUGUGCUGGUGGCCAGCCAGGACUUUGUGGAGGGGGUGCUGGUGAGGACCAUCCUGCCCAAGAACAACCCCCCCAACAUCGUGCAUGACAAGGUGCUCAAUCUCAUCCAGUCCUGGGCUGACGCGUUCCGCAGCUCGCCCGACUUGACAGGUGUCGUCGCUGUCUACGAGGACCUCCGGAGGAAGGGUUUGGAGUUCCCCAUGACCGACCUGGACAUGCUGUCACCCAUCCACACCCCCCAGAGGACUGUAUUCAACUUGGAGGCACCUUCAGGACAGAAUUCUGUGCGUGAUGACGCCAGUCAGCGAGCAGACCACACCCAGCACACUGCCUCCCUGCCCACCCUGGCCACACUGUCCAGUGACACAUCCAUCACACCAACCCCUGAGCAGAUCGGGAAGCUGCGCAGCGAGCUGGAGAUGGUGAGCGGGAACGUGAGAGUGAUGUCGGAGAUGCUGACCGAGCUUGUGCCCACCCAGGCUGAGCCUGCAGAUCUGGAACUGCUGCAG